AUGGCUAAAGAAACGGAUCUUGGAGAUAGAGGACUUCCACCGGAAGUUGAAAUGAUAUUGAACUUGGAACCAAAGUUUGAUAUUGAAAUAAAAGAGAAAUGGAAUGUAAUACCGACUGUGAUCAAAGAUUUGGAAUUUGGAAUUGGAGCUGUGAAGUUGGAUAAUUGUAACAUUGCGGAAAAAGAAAUUGUUAAAAACAAUUGGAGAUCAAAAGCUAUUAAUACGUAUAAAUUAUUAAGCAAGGAUCCUACAAACAAAUGGCAAAAGGUAGCAAAUGAUUUAGUGAAAGGUAAACAUCUGAAAGCAAAUUAUACUGUUGCACCUAGGAUUUAUGGUUUGAGGAAAACUCACAAACAAACUUGUAGUUUAAGACCAGUGGUCAGUUGUGUCAAUUCCCCGAGCUAUAAUCUGGUAAGGUUCUUGCAUGAAAUAUUGUCUCCAGUGAUUGAAACGUUUCAAUAUAAUGUAAAAAAUUCAUUUGACUUCGUGGCGUUCAGUAAAACAGUUAGCUUACCAGAAGGUUAUGUACUGAUAUCAUUAGAUGUGGUGUCAUUGUUCACAAAUGUACGUCGAGACUUGAUACUUAAAGUAAUUGAGGAAACAUGGGAUAAUAUCAAACACUUGGUAAGAGUUCCUAGGAAGGUAUUGGAGGACCUCAUAAUAUUUUGUUAUGACUCAAGUUACUUUGUGUAUCAAGGGGAGUUCUAUUCACAGAUGGAAGGAAGCAGCAUGGGAAACCCUACGAGUCCAGUAAUAGCUAACAUCGUUAUGAAUUACGUGAUUGGUCAGAUUCUAAUGCUUUUGCCGUUCGAUGUUCACUUCUUGAGGUUAUAUGUAGAUGAUACUAUUGUAGCGAUACCAGAGGGUGAAGUAAAUAAUAUCUUGGAAUUAUUUAAUAGUUUUGACAGUAAUAUACAAUUUACCUUGGAAGUGGAAAAAGAUAAUAGUUUAUCUUUUUUGGAUGUGUUAGUUAAAAGACCCGAUGGGAAAUUAUUAACUGAUUGGUUUAUUAAACCAAUUAGUUCAGGUCGACUGUUAAACUGGAAUUCGAAUCAUCCUCGGUCUCAAAAAAUAGGUAUGAUCAAAGGCUUACUGGAUAGAAUGUCGAGGCUGAGUAGUAGUGACUUCAAUGAAGUUAAUUUCAAGAAGAUUCGGAAUAUGUUGUUGAAGAAUAAUUAUGAUUUGUCAUUGGUGGAUAGCGUUAUUAAUAGAUUUAAAGAGAACAUGAAAAAUAAAACAUCUAGUUUGGGUAAUAUUAAUAAUAGCAUUAAAUAUUGUCAGUUUCCUUAUGUAGCAGAACUAUCACAGAGAAUACCCAGUGAACACAAUUAUGUCAAACUGACGUCAGAAUGA